UGCAGUCGAUCCGUGGGUGACCACGUCUGUGCCACACUUUGCCAUCGGUCUUCUGGGACUUGGAAAGAAAGAACCGGCCGCUUCCCAUCACCUCCCCCUCCGCCACCAUUUCGGACACCCGGCAGGAACUCGUUUUGUGGUAUCCACUGAUUUCUGAGAAAGACGCGAGAUCUUGGAUUUCCCCACCCCAGCCCACCAAGCCCCGCGACCACCUGUCCUUGACACAGUGACCCUUCUCCCAUGACCCUGCGGUGCCUAGAGCCCUCCGGGAAUGGCGCGGAGCGAACGCGGAGCCAGUGGGGGACCGCCGGUUCCGCGGAGGAGCCGUCCCCGGAGGCGGCGCGCCUGGCCAAGGCCCUGCGCGAGCUCGGACAGACAGGAUGGUACUGGGGAAGUAUGACUGUUAAUGAAGCUAAAGAAAAAUUAAAAGAGGCGCCCGAAGGAACUUUCUUGAUUAGAGAUAGUUCACACUCAGACUACCUACUAACAAUAUCUGUUAAGACGUCAGCUGGACUGACUAAUCUGCGCAUUGAGUACCAGGAUGGGAAGUUCAGAUUGGAUUCUAUCAUAUGUGUCAAGUCCAAGCUGAAGCAGUUUGACAGUGUGGUUCAUCUGAUUGACUACUAUGUUCAGAUGUGCAAGGAUAAGCGGACGGGCCCUGAAGCCCCCCGGAAUGGGACUGUUCACCUCUAUCUGACCAAACCACUCUAUACGUCAGCACCUUCUCUGCAGCAUUUCUGUCGACUCACCAUUAACAAAUGUACCGGUACCAUCUGGGGACUGCCUUUACCAACAAGACUAAAAGAUUACUUGGAAGAAUAUAAAUUCCAGGUAUAAAUGUAUCUCUCUCUGUUUUUUUUUUUAAAACAAUGCCUCAUAUAGAAUAUCUCUGAAUGCAGCUAUGUAAAAGAGAACCAAAACUGAGUGACUGCCCAGGCUGGAUAACUGCGCAGGAUUCGUUCUCAGAACAGCUGGACCCACUCUAACUUAAAGGUGUGAAGAGGUAGCUAGGUAUUAUAAAGUUCCCCUAGAUAAGUUUCAGCUGAGUGAUGCUUCCUUUCCUAUGCCUGACCAAGUCCAGGCAAUCCUUUUAAAUUA